AUGGCCGCAGUCAAGCUCAUGAUGGCCGAGGGUGGCAUCCGAUGUCUCCGGGCUCCAGACGAUGAUGGCACUGCGCCGCCAACGACCGACAUGGCCAAGGCGGACCCAUUCCUGCACCAAGUCCACUCGCUGUUCGUCACAGACGAGAAGUCUCCAACAAAGCUGAUUCAGUACUCGGAGCAAUUCAGCGCGUGGUUCCAGAAGAAUAUUUCCGCCAUCGAGCCGCACCUCAGGGCCGUGGCGAAGCCGAGCAAUGCCGUGAAAGAUUUGCGGUAUGCUGGUCACCGUUUCGAGAGCGGCCAGCUGCCCUUGGCAAGAAGCGUGUUGUACUUUCCAGCUGUCAUUGCCACCUUGGUCCAAGUGGAAAAGACACGUCCGAACUCAAGUGCAGAAGCUAAGGCUGUCACCAACUUCAUGAAUGAACUGGACUCGGAGAAGGCAUUACAACUUGCAAUGCUUGCGGACGCGGGGGAGGAACACUAUCAGUUGAUGAGGCUCCUGGACUACGAGGGGUUCCCGGCCGACGACCUGUCCUUCAACUUGAGCGCCUUCGUCGACCGCGUGAGUGCGCUCUUUGGGGCCGGCGGCCACCCGGCCAUGGCCGUGCAGACCGACUACACUUUCACUGGGCACAUGCUGAAGCUGCUGAAGCACCCCAUCAAACUACCUGGCAAUGGCGCAGAGUUCCCCAGCUUCGAGACGAUUCAGGCUUGGGGCGUCUUCAACGUCGUGCAGCACGACAGGGGCAUGGGCGCGCGCACCGAGGGCUCGGCGAACGUGCAGCGCCACAAGCAGAUGGAGCGCUUGAUCGAGGCCUUCGGGAUCGAGGCGACGGCAGACGAACUGGUGGGGCAGAUGGAGUCUGUGCGCCAUUUGGUGACGCGCGUGGCCGCGGAGCAGUCGCUGUCAUCGCGGGAUGCUUGGAUGCGCGCUGCGGAGAUGGCCACGGCGAACAAACGCGGUGGCGUCCUCGAUACCUCGCUUUCUCCUCCAUCAAAGCUCAUGCAGGUGAUCGUUCGCUACUGGGCAGCGGGCGGGUCGACGAGCGGGGUUGAGCAGUCCUUCGGGAAGGGCUACAACCACCGCAUAGCAUCCCUGGGCAAUGACGCCUGCUGCGACCGCGUGGAGAUCGUCGAUCUCGAGAAGAGCGACCUACCUCAAGUGCUGCAGAUGGCCACGGACAUCUGGAGCGACAUCUUCGGGCGGCCCCGAGCGUCCGGCAGUGGAAACAGGCAGCUGCGAAGCGACGCUGGCGGGCAACAUUUGCAGGCCCGACACGAGGGUUGCGAGGGCGGCUGGCGGCAAAACAGGAAGCGUCAGCUCGACGCUGCGGCGAGCCCGGGCAUGCUGAAGUCCGUCCGCGCCGUGGAUCCAGGUGCGAUGCUGCAGCCUGAGACGUGGACAGAUGAGCAAUCCAAGGAGAUGGUUGUCGUCCACGCCAAGAAGUGUCAACGACUUUCCGAGGAGGCCUGGGCAGGCAGACUCGGAGCUCUAGAGAACGCCUCGGUGGGUGAGCUUCAGAAGGUGGUUACGUUGAUGGAGAAAAAGGUCACCAACGACAAGCAAUACAUCGGGCGCGCCUUAAAACGGCGUCGCGCGGCGGCUGGACCGCCCGACAUCACGAUUGCAGAUAGCAACAUCUAUGUCGCUCCUGACGCGCCGGUGACAGCGGCAGUCGUCGCAGCCAAGGCCCGCGAGGCCAACUUCACUCGGGCCACCGCUUCGGAGGCAUCCAUAUUCGUGGUCAAGGAGGUUCAGCAGCCUGCGAAGUCAGUGCUCUGGAAUGCUGCGUUGAUCGGUGGCGCGGUCUGCACGUGGGAGCGCGUGGUGGCGGGCGCCGGUCCAGUAGCGGUGUACAGAGCAGCGCUGUCCUCGCAUAGGAUUGUCUACAUGUCCGACGCCUUCUUAGCGGAGUGCCCCCGGCUCGCCGCUCUGAUAGUCGAUCGCGCGGGUAGCCACGCUGCGAGCAAGUGGAAGUUCACCAGCGACCUGGUGUAUAUCACGGCCAGGGCGGCCAAGACGCCCACAAUUGCCAUAGCCCUUUUAGGCUCGGCUGAAUCAGGCGCUGAGGUGUGCCCAGGCGUCAGGCAAGCAUUCGACGCUGCCGCGAUGCUCGAUUUCAUUUCACGCCGUGAUGAGGAUCAAUCGGCGAUGGGUGCAUGUGGCCGCUGA